ACCGUUGCGUCCGUAAUCGGUGUUAUUGCACGGAUCUUGCUGUUUGACCGCAAUCGCUGUUGCUCGGAGCUGCCUUGUCGCUGGUGAAGUAGCGCUAGGUCACCAUGUCGAACCAGCAUUCCAUGCUUCCCCCGAUUGCAUUGCCAUACCCGGUGCAACCGCAACCGAUGUACGAUGUGGCAUCAGGAUUUCAAGGGGCCCCACCAGGUGGUCCCUUUCUGGCCGGUGUGGGCCCCACUUCGUCGGCUACUGGUGGACCGGCACCGCAAGGCCAACCGGUAUCCAUGAUGGCGCCACCGUACAUUGGCUUUGCUCCGGCCCAACAGCCUCCCAUGGGCCUGCCUCCAACAGCCCCACCUCCGUACGGAGAGCCGACGGACCCAGCCUAUGGAAAGCCUUACGGCACAUCUCCCGGGAACGGAGCAGAUGGAGACACAGCACCCUUGGACGAUUGCACGGGAUUCUCAAGCAGAGAAAUCAGGCAGGCCUUUGUCAGGAAGGUGUACGCCAUUCUGAUGGUACAGCUGACAAUCACCUUCGGAGCAGUGGCUCUUUUUAUAUACGAACCCCACGUCAAGAGCUUUGUGCAGAACAAUGGUGCUGUUUACAUCAGUGCAUACGUCUCGUUCAUUGUCAUGUACAUCGCACUUAUUUGCUGCAAGGGGCUCAGGAGAUCGUACCCUGCCAACAUUAUCGUGCUGUUUUUAUUUACGCUGGUCAUGUCUUACCUCGUUGGCGUGAUAUCAAGCUUCCACAGUACUGACACCGUCCUCAUUGCUGCUGGCAUUUGUGCUGCCUGUUGUCUGGCAGUGUCCAUCUUCUCCUGCCACUCGAAGUUUGACUUUACAAGUUGUGCUGGCUUCCUCUUCAUUGCCGUCUGGAUCCUCCUGUUGUUUGGAAUCCUGACCAUCUUUACGUACAACACGAUUCUGAACACUGUUUACUCCGCUUUGGGAGCUCUCCUGUUUAUGGCUUUCCUGGCUUUCGACACACAGAUGAUCAUGGGUGGACGCAAACUCGAACUGAGCCCCGAAGAACACAUCUUUGCUGCGCUCCAGCUGUACAUGGACGUUGUGCAGUUGUUUCUUUUCAUUCUGAGGCUUGUUAGUGCUGGCCGCCGGUAAAAGAUCUUCUUGCAGUAGGAUCGCUGUAAAAAAGUGAAAUGAAAUCGGGGAUCAUUCAUGAUGUGUUAGCCUCUGCUACCUUUGACCAAUUCAGCAAGAACAAAUGGUAGGCUCUUUUUUUUUCUAAAUGUAAUCCUGACAGCCCUGUUUUUUUUUUUUUUUUUAAAUAUAUAAUUCGCCUUUUCCUAUUGGUGAAUGCCUUAGUCAUUCACCAAUAGGUUAAUGACCUUGGUUAAUGACUAUGGCAUUCAACAUUGGUUAAUGACUAUGGCAUUCAACAAUGAGUGGAUGCCGUGGUUGUUCACCGAUUGGCUGACAGUCUGUAGCAUGGACUGCAAUCAAUAGCCUUCAGUUUUUCAGUUUUGCCAGAUGCUUGCAUUGCCAAUGCAGGCCCAAAAUUGGGAGGGAGCUUGAAACUUUUAGCACACUGCUGUGUGGACAGAUUGUAAUGUUAUAUGAGAGUGUUGUAGAGCCUUAUUUGUCACUUGGGAGGAAGUUGAUUGAAUGGGCGGUAACAUUCCUCACAGUUCCGCUGAGGCUUUGUAUGCUCCCGGGCAAACUCUUUUUGGCAGCGGUGCAGAGGCAGUGACAUUACUACCUCACACCCUUUAAACACACAAGGUCAGGAGAGUUUGAGAAAAGAACUCUUCUACUCUUUUCCCAGAAUAAGUUGCAAAAUGUGCUGGAACGUGUGAUACCAUCCCAGGAAUUUAAAAUGUUUUAAUAGCAAGUCGCACUGUUUAGAUUGAUGGUGGCCGACUGUGCUGGCGUCUAAUGUUUGCGUCCAGUAUCGAAGAGUAAGUGAGAAUGUUACAUAGCAUUUAAAAAUGAAUCACUGUCCAGUGUUCACUUGUGGCCAACACUAGUUGCUUUCAAAGGGACCAUGAAGUUGUUUUUAAAUUUAUCUAUUUAGUGCUCUCGAUAAGUCACUCACAUUCACUAAGCAUAAAAUUAGUAUCGGUUUUUAUGUACACACAUUUGUUUUUGUGCAAAGAAUGUCUGCCAUGUAGCUAAAGUUUGUUUUUCUGUCUUAACUUGUAUGUAUCCGUUGGUUUCAAAGUGAUGGUCACAGCCCUUGCAAAACAGGAAUUUCUCGGCGAGAGAUAAUUUACUCAGUCAUGCUUGCCAAGAGGUAAACAUAGCGUGCUCAUAGUAGACCCCUUUUCAAAAGCGUGCGCCAUCUGGUAGCUGCUGCUGCACCUAUCAUUUGAGUCCGCCAUUGUUUGGCCAUGUACUCUGAGCAUGUGUUAAGCACGAAGGCUGCAACAGCACUCAGCAUAAGCUCAGCUCAAUCUCAUUGAAAACUAGUGCUGCAUCAGUGUUCUGCAAGGACUCUGAUAAGAUUGCAUGCUUCGCUCCCAAGAAAUGCCAACCACCAUUGUUGCUUGAUUGGGUUUUUAAAAUGUAUAUUUUUAUACAUAAAAAACAGAAAACAAGUAAAAUUCUGUAGCUAACUUUGGAUCCCGUUGCUUCACAUGGAAGUCCUGGUGACAUCUGUGUGAAGCAACCAGGUCCAGAUAAUGUACAAUAGAAAUGUUUGAAAUAAUAAUUAUUAUUAUUAUUAUUAUUAUUAUUAUUAUUAUUAUUAUUAUUAUUAUUAUUAUUAUUAUUAUUAGCCCAAACACAAACUCGCAUAUGAGGAAGUUGGAUCACCUGGCCGCCCACUGUCGGGAGCUUUCUUUCCUAUCAUUCCUUUGAGUUUAAAAUUAAUCUAAUUUGUACUAGUACUAAUAUUUUAUCUAAAUGAAAAUAGUAAAUUGCAACCACAUGCAUGCAAAGUGCAUAAAACCACACCCUGUCUGCUGAACUGGUUUACAUUCUAAUAGAGGCUCUGUAGAUCCAUUGGACCUUAACAUGUUGUGUCCACAAUCUUUGCUUUGCUGCCAAAAAAUGUUGCCCAAGUACCUAUUGAAAGCCAAAAGAGGAGUACCAUUCUAUUGUAAAAUACCGAGCAUCCGCCCAUGCUUCAAUACGCUCCCACUCCUCAGUGUUGUACCAUUUAAAAAUACACGAAGGAUGUAUCCCUGCAUCCAAAUUUUGACUGCUCAGGAUUUUAUGGUAGAUGGUAUUAUUUGUCUGCCAAGCAUGGCUUACCCAUAGUUUUGGGACUUGUUUCCAUAAAAAAAAGCUGCCAAGUUCAUAUACAAUUGUUUCUUUGCAUUUUAGCAUAUAUUUUUGGUAAAAUCGUAAGCACAUUUUGGCGUCAAAAGGGCAUGCCAAGUUUGGUACUUUGGUCUAUAUGUUGUAUGUGCCUGUGGCGCAAGUUGGCAGGGAAGUGUUUCCUAGCGACAGAAAUCUUAACGGUUUCUGAAGCGAGUGGUACGUCUUUGAAUUUUCUUCUGUUUUAAAUACCCCUACCUUUAUUAGUUGUGUUACGAACUUGUGGUGAGCUUGCAUUAGUCAAAUAAAGGUUCAACUAUUAGGCUUUUUUGACAUUUCCAGUGAAAAUGUUGCAGGCUCUUGUGUGCACUCUAGGGCAUGGAAGAGCCUGCCUUCACUGCUAGAAGUUGUUCUUAUUUGAUUUGAUGACCAAACAGGGCAUAAGCAUCAAUAUGAACCUUUUAUCUCAGUAAGGCACCACUGCAGCAGAUUCACUUUUUGCUUUGUAGUAUGGUAUAAAAACUUUUCAUGGUCCGGCUCUUCCACUAGUUUUAAGAGCUUUUGCAUUAAGCAUUCCAGCUUUUACUACUGCAUUGGUUAGUUUACAUACUUAGUGUGUUCAAUAUAUGUAAGGUGUCAAUGUGCUUCAAUUUAUGUAAGACGUCAGUGUCAUCACUUACAUAGAUGCCGCAUCUGUUGUAUUACUCGCAUUAAAUGGUCUAUACUCCACAGUUGAAAGGAAACCUUUGUGUGUUGUAAAUGUUGAAGGCUUUUACUCUUUUUGGUACACACUUCAUAGAGGUCACUGGUGAUGCUACCUAUACCUUGUAUUAAGUACAAUUCCACAAGUGGAUCUUCAGGUAUGUAGCACAUCAUCAAAGUAUCUUCUGCCAUGCGCUCCUUCAUCGCCAUUUCUUUGCAGAGAUGCAUCUGUACGCUAAGCUAAAUGAGCAGGUCCAAUCUUUCCAUAUUCUACUUUCAAGGGUCAUGUUUAAAGGAAUACUGACACGAGAUUCCAAAGUUUCUCAUGCCGGUUUUAAAUACUUAUGUACCCUCAUCACUGUUUAUGCCGAUUGGCAGUUCGAGCAUUCUCGGUACAUUUUCACACUUGAUUUUGCCGAGUAGAAGCGUGUACUCUUUUUGUUGGGGCUGCGAGAAAUGGGAGUCUUGGAGCGUUCGUGCUGGAUGCAAGCUCUGUUUCUUGCAUGCCUCCACGCUGCUACCUAUACGGAGCGCAAGUUUGUCUGCUUCUUCCUCAGAACGCCGAGCUCUGAUUGGCUCCAAUUGAAGCAUAGUGGGCAGACCUCAAUGCUAGCUGCCUUGAUGUCUACCCACUAUCCUUCAGUCGGAGCCAAUCGGAGCUCAGCAUUCUGACGUCACCGCCACCCCCGCAGAAGAAGCAGACGAACUUGCGCUACGCAUUGUUUAGCUGAGUUCUCAAACUUUUCAAGCUCGAGGAAUGUCCGUCUUGUAAUUGAUAACAAAGGAAGCCCUCUCGAUUUCAACGUUGACGCAGUGAAGCACAGCAGAAGCCCACAGACCUUGUAAAGAAUAAUAUACUUGCUAGGGAACGUUCGCUACAUAAUUGGGCCUCAGCGAAUGACUCGGACACUCUUAAAAUAGACCACUUGGGGACAGGGAUGGGAGGAAAUUUGGCCCGAAAGGAAUGCCGGGAACGGCCUCUACAGAACCGGCUGUACGGAGGUGACCCCGAGAUGAUGAGAAUAUGCUGAACCAUCGCCGUUCCCACAAGAGGCCUACGUGCUCCGCAUUGGUCUCUUGUGGGUGAUGCUGAAAAUUCAAUGCAACGAUGCCUAGGAGAUGUUACAACUGCACAGUCCUUCUCUCUCUUUAGCAUCUCGUGGUAGACGCCAUGGGGGCAAGGUUUGGUGCGCACGGCCUUUAGGAUUUUUGCAAAUGGCGCAUUCGCAACUUUCACGACCUAGAGGGGCCCCUCUACUUUCUAUCUAAAUGGCUGUCAUCUGGAUGAUCAUCGCAGAACGGCUGAAUGAACAAGGUUUGGUCUGUGACGCGCAACUAAUCAUAAUUUUGUGAAAUACGAGCGGUACUAGAGCCUUGCGUCAUACUUCCGCGUCGGGAAGGUGUAAGCGAGCACCUUUAUUUUGAAGCCAAUCAUUUAGGAGCUGGGGCGUGCGAGUCGCACCACGGUGUCAACAUCGCUGAAUGUUGCGAAUUUUCUCUGGUCAUAACAUGCAUACAGAUUUUUUUUUGCUGGGUUGCACAUUGAACUUAUAAAUCUUCAUUUUUCUGGUGAAAGCAUUAGUAAUUACCUGCUCCACAUAGCCUAUUCCAUAAUGUUGUCCUAAUUACCUAUAUUCUUUGCAAGUUUUUGUCAGUGUUCAUCAACCUAACCUGGCAAAAAAAGAAAUGGCCCCUAAAGAUUUAUGAACAAUUUUCUAGAAAUAACUUUCAUAAACAUUGUUUUCAUAAAUGUAUGCACUUCUGAUCUAGGCUAUCUGUAUCUGGCUCUUUAGAAAAAUACUUUGUGUCAGUACUUCUUUGGAUGCUUUAGUGGUAGUUACACUUCAUACCUGAAUAAUUCUGUGUAUUCAUAUCGUUACAAACUUCACUAGAAUGGCAACAGUGAGCUAAGUACUCCCAAGAGAAACAUCUUGUAUUCCCUUCAGUAUAAUUAAUGUGUUCUGUGUAUGCAUUCAUGGUGGUCACAAUAAAUGUUGAAACAGCUUCA